AGUGUCUUAGUAGCUCAAGAGUGUAUUCACUCUCGUAUGUUGAGUAAGAGAGCAAAAGUUGUCACGACCCCGCCCCCGGACCCCUACCGUACCACUUCGGAGGGCGACCUCAGGGCACGAUCCCGCACUCUGUCGCCCUCCGGCGUGGUAUGGUAAGGGUCAGCGGGGGUAGUGCUCCUUAAACUGGAUCUAGAAAAAGCUUAUGAUGAAGUUGAGUGGGGGGUGUUAUUAAAAAUUAUGAAAAAGAUGGGGUUUAGACCUCGAUGAAGAAGUUGGAUCUAUGGAUGCCUCUCUACGACACAUUUCUCUAUGCUUUUCAAGGGGAGCCCUGCCGGAUUUUUUAAUGCUUCAAGAGGGCUUAGGCAAGGUGACCCUCUCUCCCCUUUCUUAUUCACCAUCGAUACUGAAUGCUUUAGCCUUAUGCUGACCAGGGUUGAGAAUUUAGGUAAUUUUAAGGGUUUUCAGAUUGCAAAUUCUGAUAUUAUUGUUUCACAUUUACAAUAUACGGAUGAUACUAUUAUUUUAUGUGAUGCAAAUGAGGAACAAUUAGGUAAUGUUAGAAAUAUGUGAAGUGGUAUUGGGGAUCAAGGUGAACUUUCAUAAAUCAUCUCUGGUAGGGAUCAAUUGUCUCGAGAGGAAUGUCCAUAAUUUGGCUUUAGUAAUAGGUUGCAAAGUUGAGUCUUUUCCCAUUACCUAUCUGAGGAUACCAAUUUCAUAUUCAAAGUUUUCUAUUGUUGUUUGGGACAAGGUGAUUGAGAGGGUACAAGUUAAACUUAACUUGUGGAAGUAUAAAUACCUAUCUUUAAAGGGUAGGUCACUCUUCUAAAAUCAUGCCUAGCCAAUCUUCCUGUAUACCAGAUUUUCGUGAUUGAAAUUCUAGUUUUGGUUGCUAAAAAGAUUGAGAGAAUGAUGAGAGAAUUUUUAUGGGGUUCGCAUGGUGAAAACAAGAAAUUCCAUCUUCUUAGAUGGGAUAGAGUAUAUACACCCAAGCGUGAAGGUGGUUUGGGUAUCCAGAAUCUGAAGAAUUUCAAUUUUGCCUUGUUAUGUAAAUGGUGGUGGAGAAGUGUUCAUCUGAAGGAUCAUAUGUGAUGCUAAGUUUUGAUGGCAAAAUAUGGAUUGGAAGAAUAUGAAGCCUUGCCUGGUGGUGGUAGAGGUAUCAAAAUCUCUUACAUUUGGAAAAGUAUUUUUAAUUGCAGGCCUAUGAUCUCUGGUUACUAUUAGAUGAAAUAUUGGUAGUGGAAGACAGAUUCUAUUAUGACAUUACAAAUGGUUAGGGGACUUUCCUCUGAAAGUCGUGUUCCCUGACCUUUUCGGGGUGGUUUCAAACCCAAAUAUUUUGAUUUCUCAUGCGAAUGAAAGGAGAGGCCAUAGGAUCUCUUGGAACAUUCAUCUUAUUUAUAGACGGCUAAAUAAUGUAAUAUUGUCACAAUGGUGUGCAUUGAUGUAAAUACUGGACAAGGUCUAUGUUGCACAAGAUGCUGAUGAUAUGUUGGUUUGGGAAAUGGUAAAUAAUGGUUUCUUUUCAGUUAAAUCUUGUUACAACUUAUUCUUCCAUAACUAGUGGAGAUGGUAUUCUUCUUUUAUUAGUCAAGUCUAGAAAUAGCCGAUCCCCCAUAAAGUGCAAAUUUUUGUUUGGUUGGCUGCCCAAAAUAAAAUCUUAACAAUUGAUAAUCUCCUCAAGAGGGGAAAAAUUCUACCAAACAUUUGCUUAUUGUGUAAACAAGAUGGGGAAUCAGUCAACCAUCUUUUGCUUCAUUGUCCCUUUACUUCCAGAAUUUGGCACUGGUUGAGGAGUUUGGUUGAUGUAUCAUUGGCUCUUCCGUAAAAUGUUCGUAACUGUAUUGAUCAGUUCUCUCCUCCUUUCUUGCCUAAAGUGGGGAGUGUGAUUUGGAAAAUAGUAAAAGGAGUGAUCCUUUGAGAGGUGUGGAAGGAGAGAAACAAGAGGUAUUUUGAAGGGGUUGCUUUGUCUUUUGACAAUUUGCUUCACCUAAUUAAAUUGUCUAUCUGGUCAAGUCUUUCAAUGUCUAAGGAAGGUUGGGGUAUCUCUAAAGUGGAUGUUAUGAUAAACCUUCCUAAUUUAUUUCUCCUUGAUAUGCAUAAAUGUAGGCCAAAAGGUUUAUGGGUUUCUCCACCUUUGGGUUGUAUUAAGCUGAAUUUUGAUGGGAGUUUCUUUGGAAACCCAGGCCCUGCCGGAAUUGGUCGAGUGUUUCAAUAUUCCUCUGGGGUGGAGAUUUUUAUGGAAAGGCACAUGGGAUCCUUGUGUGUGAUUGAAGGAGAUUCUUUGAAUAUGAUCCAGUGGUAUAGAAAGGACCAACAAAUUCUAUGGGAACUUCAUUAUUUAUGGUUGAAGAUUUUGGAUGUUACAUCUUCUAUUUCUGUUUCCUUUUCCCAUGUUUAUAGAGAGGCUAAUGGUAUUGUUGAUACAUUAGCUAAAGGUCGUGUUUCUCUUGCCUCUCUUACUACAGCCAAUGAUGUAAUCUCUUUCUUGUGAUCAAUAAAAUUUUUGGACGUCUUUCAAAAAAAAAAAAAAUAGUGAGCAAUUGGCUAUUUUAUAUGUUGGUAAUGCAAAUAUUGAUGUUGGAUCAGAAAAUUUUAAAAUUUCUAAUGUUCUUUUGGU